AUGGCGACCAACAUUGUCUUUCAUGAAGGCUCCGUCGAUAUCGCCGGCCGCGCCGAACUGCUGAAGCAGAAGGGCGUCACCAUCUGGCUCACCGGCCUCAGCGCCAGCGGGAAGUCCACCAUCGCGUGCGCGCUCGAGCAGCACCUGCUGCACCAGCACCGCUUCUGCUACCGCCUCGACGGCGACAACGUGCGCUUCGGGCUGAACAAGGACCUCGGCUUCGACGAGCGCUCGCGCAACGAGAACAUCCGCCGCAUCGGCGAGGUCGCGAAGCUCUUCGCGGACGCGUGCUGCGUCGCCGUGACCGCGUUCAUCUCGCCGUACCGCGCGGACCGCGCGCUCGCGCGCGCACUGCACGCGGAGGCGGGCCUCGGCUUCGUGGAGGUCUUCGUCGACGCGCCCCUGGAGGUCGUCGAGCAGCGCGACCCCAAGGGCCUGUACAAGAAGGCGCGUGCCGGCGAGAUCAGAGAGUUCACUGGUAUCUCCGCCCCGUACGAGGCACCUGUCGAGCCCGAAAUCCACAUCCGGACAGACCAGAGCGACGUUGUCGAGUCUGUCCGAGUCAUCACGGAAUAUCUCACACAGCGCGGAUUCAUCUAG